CAAAAAAAAAACAAAUAUAAAAUGAAGUAUUUAUAUUUGCUUUUGCUAACGCUGCCAUUGCUGACAUACUCGUAUCCAGCUGAAGCCGAGGAGAAGACCAUUUCACUGGAUGAUGUAACGGUGGACAGUGAUUUAGCGGCCAGUGAUAAAGACUCACAGUUACACAAACGAUCGGGGGGUGGCAGUGCGGAUUAUGCGCUGCAUGUAAAACAAGGAUUCCUAUCUAGUCUGGGUCAGGCCUCUGCUUCGAUAGCGUCGGGCAGUUCGGGCGGCAGCAGUGGUGGCGGUUAUGGUGGUGGCUAUAAGUCAUAUGGCGGUGAUGAACAUCAUGUAAGUGGAAAUUCUGUUGACUACAAUCCUUGGUCUUUGAAAAAAACUGUCUUGAAUACCAUAUUCCAAGCAGUCAAGGCCAUUACCGGUGGUGUAACCGCCCUUAAGGGUCAACUGAUUAAGGGCAGUGGUUAUGCCUUAAGUGCCAGUGGUCAAGUGGUGGCAGCCUCAGGUGAUAAAGUUACCGAUGUCGGCAAAUACAUUAUUAACUCGGCUCAGAGUAAAUUGCGUCCUAUACCUAGCGGAGGCGGUGGUGGUCAUCCUUUCGGUAAAUUUGCCUCAUUAUCUGGAGCUUCUUCCGGUGGCAGCAGUAGUUCAGGCGGUGGUAAACAUCCCUCUGGUCCAGUUGUACAUACAGAAAGCAUAACAUCAUACGAAAUUCCAAGUGGUCACUCUAGCUAUGGUCCACCAUCAAAGCCACCAUCGUUUAGCAGUGCCACACAUCAGUAUUUGCCACCAUCCGGUUCAGGUGGUUAUACUGGUGGUGGAGCCGGUUACGGUGGUGGACAUGUAGCAUUCGAAGCGCCAUCUAGCAAUUAUUUGCCAACAGCCUAUGGACCAGAUGCGACGAAUCCGAAUUUAAUAUCAUCGGAAUUUAAUAUUUAUGGGCGUCAUCAUAAAUUGUCAGACGAAGAAGCACGCAAAGCUGCCAUACAACUGCAGGAAAUUCUGAAUAUGUUGCCCAAUGGUAAAACCGAAUACACAGCCUCCAAAACUGUUACCCUAGACACCUCGAACUCGGGCGGCUAUAGUGGUAGUACUGGCUAUGGCACCGGUACUGGUGAAAGUGUAGAUUUAAAUUCGUAUGGUUUGCCAAAUGAUCUUGGUCCUUUAGAAUCUCUCUCACACACCGAACAAAUAACGGCAGCUUAUGGCGGCAAAAACUCUUACGAUUUGUAUCAUCAAAUGCAAAAGCAAAAACAAACACCGGAAGAAGUUUAUAUAGAAAAACAUCCCAACGAGGGUUACGACUAUAAACCCGCUUACAAGGAGGAAAAUCCCAAUAACUACAAAUAUAACAACUAUCAUGCCUCGGGUGGUUCUAAUAAAGAUUCUUUAAAAGAUAUAACACCCAUUAUAGCUGCCCUGGAAGUGGCUCAAAAGCAACAACCUGCCAAAACCCAAGUUUCAUAUGCCGUGGAAAAGAACGUCCAUAAAAUUCAGGCUCAUAACGGACCCGCCCAGUAUUUACCGCCUGCUGUACAAAAAACUAAAUAUAUUUACUACCAACCCACACCGGCCAAAUACGAAUAUCACAGCCAAUACAAUAGGCCGGCCUAUAAUGGGCCUUACAAAGUAAAACGUCAUACUAUGGAUGCGGCUCCAGCACGUCCCCAGCAUAAGAUAACGGUUUUUGCCGGUCAUCCAUUUCAAAAUCAUGAGACUCUGAUGUACAAUCCUAUGAUGGGUGAUUUUUGA